GAAUUCCAGUAUCUUUACUUUCUUUGCUAUACUCGUAGUAGCAACCUCGAGCUUUGCAUGUCCACAGUCAUGCCAUUUUCCACGAAAAAACGUAAAGAGCCUCCGUCCGUCACUCUGCACGACUUUUUCGCUCCAAAGAUCCCUGCGAAGAGAGUCUCGGGAGUACGUCCUUCACAUGCCAGCUCUUAUGCGAAAAAGGAGCAGGCCGCACUUCGCUCAACUGAAGUCAUAUUCAUUGAUUCUGACUCUGAUGAAGAAACAAUCCAACCAAACAAGAAAUACAAAUCACACAAGGUGUCAGACCAGAAUAACUCUAAUGGACAGUUCGUCGACCCGCUUCCUGAGAAGAAACAUAGGAGCCAUCCUAGUAGUAAGAGCGCAACAGAUAACGUCUCUCCUGAUACACCCAAUAACUUGACCAGGGUAUCAGCAGUCUUAUCGAAAGAAGGGGGAGGACUACUGUCCUUACCAUCAGCUCAGAGCAGUGUACCCAUUUCCUUCGGACAACCGAGCAAUCUUUUGCAGGAUAGGAGUCUGGAGCCCUUGGAAAAGACCAGUUGUAGUAAUGCAUCAUUCACAAGCCGCGUUACACCUUCUCUUCAGUACCAGCGUACCAAAUUGGACCAGCUUUCUGAAGAGUUAUCUUUUGGUACCCCAGCCGUACUGCUGUCUUCGCAGUCAAAUACUGCUGAUUUAAAUCAGGUUCCACCUAAACCAGGAUCUUGGAAUGAGGACGCAGACAACUUUUCCUUUAAUAAAUCUUGGGAUGUGGGUUUGGACAAGACGGUUGCCGAGUCUAUACACGGCUAUCACGUUCAGAGAGAGGAGGUGGAUUGCUGCUUCUCUGCAGUGCAGGUUGAUGACAUUAACUAUUCAGUCACAGAGAAAAUGAAGUAUGGACAGAAGCGGCAGUCGCUGACGUCCGAGCUAGUGAACACACUCAAGUAUCAGCAAGUCGCCAUAAAGCACCAUUUUAUAAAGUACUACAAGGGAUGCCUAUAG